ACAGGGGUGGGGCAGCCACAGCUUCUCUGGGCAUCCUGUGCCAUUGCCUCAGCAUCUUCACAUUGAGGAAUUUCUUGGCAGUAGCAAAUCUAAAUAGACCUUUCUGUCUAAAGCCAUUCCCCCCUUCUCCUCUCACUACCUGCCCUUUUAAGAAAUCCUUCUCCAGCUUUCUUUUAGCCCCUUUGGGUGCUGGAAGUGGCUCUUAAGGUCUCCCCAGAGCCUUCACUUCUCCAGGCUGAGCAAAAUGAAAGUAGGAACACAAUUUCAGUUCAAUAAUAUGUGUAAGCCAAUGUUAAUUUCAGUUAUUUUAUUUUACAAACAGAUACGUUCUCUUAGAUUUGGUAGAGAGGCACCUGCUUUGAACAUCAGGACAGAAUGAAAUUUACUGUCAGGAUAGAGCUGGCAACAGCCAAAAUGGAUAAUGUAACAGGAAUUUAAAGGGAAAAUGAAACCCAAAUGAGAUUUCUUAAAAUGUAUUUUCGUAAAAUUACUAGUCUUGCCCGGCCACGGUAUCAUUAUAAUAUAUUUUAGUAUGGAACUACUUUAGAACAGUUGUCUACAGUAGUAGUUCUCUGUGGUCUAUUUCCCAUCACAUAAAAUUUCUCAAUACAAGUGUUUUAGCAGUUAUUUUUUCUUCUUGCUUCUAGCAACGGGUGAUGACAUGCUUCCGAGCAUGGGAAGACUGGGCAAUCUAUCCAGAACCUUUUCUGAUCAAACUGCAGAAUAUUUUCUUGGGGCUUGUAAAUAUCAUGGAAGAUAAAGAAACAGAGGAAGUACCGGAUGAUCUUGAUGGUGCUCCCAUUGAGGAAGAGCUUGAUGGUGCUCCACUAGAAGAUGUGGAUGGAAUUCCUAUUGAUACUGCUCCUAUUGAUGAUCUGGAUGGAGUCCCAAUUAAAUCACUGGAUGAUGAUCUCGAUGGCGUUCCUUUGGAUACAACUGAAGAUUCAAAAAAGAAUGAGCCUAUAUUUAAAGUUGCCCCUUCGAAGUGGGAAGCAGUGGAUGAAUCGGAACUGGAAGCUCAAGCUGUUACUACUUCUAAGUGGGAGCUUUUUGACCAACAUGAAGAAUCUGAGGAGGAAGAAAUUCAAAAUCAAGAAGAAGAAAGUGAAGAUGAAGAAGACACACAGAGUUCUAAGUCAGAAGAACAACACAUGUAUUCCAAUCCUAUUAAAGAGGAAAUGCCUGAAUCCAAGUCAUCAGUCAAAUAUUCAGAAAUGAGUGAAGAAAAGCGUGCCAAACUCCGAGAGAUAGAGGUGAGCAUGGGGUGUGUUGUGCCACCCUUCUUUAGCUUUCCUGUCCUCAGCCCACCCUGAGUUCUCUACAUAUGA